AUGGAUCGAAUGAAGCACCCAGCUCCCGUGGAAGUCACAUACAAGAAUAUGAGAUUUCUUAUUGCACACAGUCCAACCAAUGCAACCUUAAACAAAUUCAUAGAGGAACUUAAGAAGUGUGGAGUUACCACAAUAGUAAGAGUAUGUGAAGCAACUUAUGAUGCUACUCUAGUGGAGAAAGAAGGAAUCCAUGUUCUCGAUUGGCCCUUUGGUGAUGGCGUACCACCUUCCAACCAGAUUGUUGAGGACUGGUUAAGUCUUGUAAAAAUUAAGUUUCGUGAGGAACCUGGUGGUUGCAUUGCUGUUCAUUCUGUUGCAGGCCUUGGGAGAGCUCCAGUGCUGGUCGCCCUGGCAUUAAUUGAAGGUGGAAUGAAAUAUGAAGAUGCAGUAGAAUUCAUAAGACAAAAGCGGUGUGGAGCUUUUAACAGCAAGCAACUUUUGUAUUUGGAGAAGUAUCAUCCUAAAAUGCGGCUGCGCUUCAAAGACUCCAAUGGUCAUAGAAAUAACUGUUGCAUUCAAUAA